AUGCCCACCAGUAUUUUGGAGGAGAAGCUUCGAGAACAAGUUGAGGAGCAGCUGUCCUUCUAUGAGACUGGAGAGAUUCCCAGAAAGAAUCUGGAUGUCAUGAAGGAGGCAAUGGUUCAGGCAGAGGAAGCGGCUGCUGAGAUUACUAGGAAGCUCGAGAAACAGGAGAAGAAACGCUUGAAGAAAGAAAAGAAAAGGCUGGCUGCAAUUGCCCUGGCUUCUUCAGAAAAUAGUAGUGCCCUGGAGGAGUCUGUAACUACUGGGAGUUCAUGGACAACGAAUUUACUUCACUCCUCCUGUUGUAACACCUCUGCUGAACUUUUGAACAAAUCAUGGAAUGGAGAGUGCUAUCAAACCCUCAGCAUGGUGGAUACUGUCAUCCUUCCUUCCAUGGUUGGGAUCCUCUGUUCAACAGGGCUGGUUGGCAACAUCCUCAUUCAGUUCAGCUCAAUACGUCCAGGAAAAAAAAUGAUUCCUGACAUUUUUAUCUGUAGCCUGGCUGUGGCUGAUCUGGUCCACAUCAUUGGAAUGCCAUUUCUUAUUUACCAGUGGGUUUUGGGGGGGCCUCUCUGCAGGAUCAUCACAUCCUGCAACCAGUUUGCCUGUAGUGCCAUCAUGACUGUAAUGAGUGUGGACAGGUACUUGGCUCUUGUCCAGCCAUUUCGACUGACAAGCUGGAUAACCAGGAACAAGACAAUCUGCAUCAAUCUGGGCCUCUGGGCAGCUUCCUUCAUUCUGGUGUUGCCUGUCUGGGUCUACUCGAAGGUCAUCAAAUUUAAAGACGGCGCUGAGAGUUGUGCUUUUGAUUUAACAUCCCCUGACAAUGUACUCUGGUAUACUCUGUAUUUGAUGAUAACAAGUUUCUUUUUCUCUUUGCCCUUGAUUUUGAUGCACUAUAUUUUAAUUUUAUGCUAUACUUGGGACAUGUAUCAACAGAAUAAGGAUGCAAGAUGCUACAAUCCCAGUGAUCCAAGGCAGAGAGUGAUAAAGCUGACCACGAUGGGGCUGGCGCUGGAGGCGAUCUUUAUCCUGAGUGCCGCCCCCUAUCACGUGAUGUAACUGGUGAACUUACUGGUGGAGCGGCCCUCAGAGGCUUUCUAUCUGAGAUAUCACCUGUCCAUUUGUCCCAGCUAUGCCAGCAGUAGCAUCAACCCUUUUCUCUACAUCCUGCUGAGUGGAAAUUUCCAGAAACACCUGUCUCAAGCGCAAAGGAGAGUGACUGAGAAGGAAACCAACAAUAUGGAAAACAUCUUGAAACAGAGCUUUGAGUUAUCAAGACAAAUGACUUUUAACCCAAUGUACUUGGUUCUAGAUCUUUUGGAGACCAUUUUGGAACAAGUUGGGGUCAUGGGCAAAAGGGGCAACCCCAGGCAGUCGACUCCCCCCAGGUGUGGGCGGAGGUCAGGGGCGAAACCUCAGGUCUCCCAUGCACAUGCUCCCCCGCACAACUCUAUCUGCGGGAGCCAGUGA